AUGGAGAAAGUAAAUCAGGCUGUGUCCGACGCUCUUGAAACGCAUCGUUCAAUCCGAAUCCUGGGUGACCUGCCUACCGAAAAGCUGAACCACGAAGAUUAUCUGGCCUCGACUCGUGAAUUAAUCGAAAGCUUCGUCGAUUCUUGGAAAGGAAAGGCGGAUUUGCGGCUUUUGGCGGUGGAGGUUUGGUCACGACACACCUACUUUGCACUCGAUUUCAACAAUGACGAGUACAACUAUGACAACGCCCAUACUCAAGUGGUAGUCAUACCUGUCUACCUGCUUCGGCUGUCCAGGAAAAGCCAUACCUGGGCAAUAUUUCGGCACCAGCCCCAAGACUCAUCGCUCGCCAAAAGAAUUGCGGACCUACAUGAAGGCAAUGGACAGAAUCCCAUUCCCUUCCUAGAAGACCACAUCAAAGGCGUGACGCAUUAUGCCCCUCGGAAUAGCAAAAGCCCUGUCGUUGCAUCAGAGAACCCUACGUGA